UUUCUCAAUCAUAAAAAAUCAGACGUUCGCUGUUAUCUGUUCAAGUUCUUUACAAAAAACACGAUAUUUUUAUUUGGACCAGUAUGAGUAAUGUAAUCAAAUAUCGGACGAUGAACUAAGUACGAUGAUAAUCCAUUUUACCAUAAUAUAAAUCUCGCCUACGUCCCACAAGAAAUACAAUUCUAAGUCCGUCGGAAGAGAAAAUGAUCUUUGACUCGAUUCUUGGAAAUCUUGUUGGCAUCUGCGUGACGCUGGUGACCAUAGUCAUAGCUUACUAUAAGUGGACGUACCAGUACUGGAAGAGAAAAAACCUACCGUAUUUAGAACCAAGUAUACCGUACGGUAACUUUGUUAGUCCCUUAAAACGCAAAGAAAACUUAGGCCUACGAUUCCAAGACUACUACGAUUGUAUGAAAAGUAAAGGAUGGAAACACGGUGGAUUGUUUACAGGUCUAACACCUAUGUACUUAGUGAUAGACUUAGACUACGUGAAAAACAUAAUGACGAAAGAUUUCCAACACUUUGUCGAUCGUGGAGUCUAUCACAACGAAAAAGAUGAUCCUCUAAGUGCACACUUAUUUGCCAUUGGGGGUCAAAAAUCGAGAAAUUUAAGAACAAAAUUAACACCUACGUUUACGUCUGGGAAGAUGAAGACUAUGUUCCAAACGCUGGUAGACUGCAUACCUAAUUUCACAGAGAAAAUUGAAUCCGAUCGUGUGACCCAAACGCCAAUUGAUAUUAAAGAAGCCCUUGGAUGUUUUACUACAGACAUCAUCGGUUCCUGUGCUUUUGGACUAGAAUGUAAUACGUUCAAAGAAGAAAACUCACCGUUUAGGGAAUAUGGACGCAAGGUUUUCACGUCGACUAGGUUUAGAAUGGUAAAGUCACUUUUAGUGAGAAAUUUUCCCAACGGAGCGAAAAAGUUAGGAGUAAAGGCAGUUCCUCCGGACGUUUCAAAUUUCUUUAUGAAAGUCGUGAACGACACGAUCGCCUAUAGAGAAAAAAACAACUUUUCCCGUAAGGACUUCAUGCAGCUGUUAAUCGACCUCAAGAACAACAAACUGGUGCCUGAAAAUGGUUAUAAAUACGAUGGCAAUAGUUUGACGACUGAAGAAAUUGCUGCACAAUGCUUCGUUUUUUUCCUCGCUGGAUUUGAAACGUCAUCCACGACCAUGACUUUUGCGCUUUACGAACUUUCCAACAAUCACAAGAUUCAAGAUAAAGUCAGAGACGAAAUUAAUACGGUUUUGGGAAAGCACGAUGGUAAGAUCACUUACGAGGCAAUACAAGAAAUGAAGUACAUGGAUCUCGUGAUCAAUGAGACCUUAAGGAAGUACCCACCGCUGCCUAUACUUACCAGGAAGUGUGUGAAAGAUUAUAAAGUUCCAGAUGAAGAUAUUAUUAUAGAAAAAGGCACUGAUAUUGUUAUACCAGUUUUGGCAAUUCAUAAAGAUGAAGAUUAUUAUCCGGAUCCGGAAAAAUUUGACCCGGAAAGGUUUACUGAAGAGAAUAAAAGCAAGAGGCACAACUAUGCUCAUAUUCCGUUUGGUGAAGGACCUAGAAAUUGCAUAGGAGCUCGUUUUGGUCUAAUGCAGUCAAAAGUAGGUUUGACCUCUUUGCUGAGAAGUUACAAAUUUAACGUCAACAAGAAAACAAUGGAACCCCUAAAGAUGAAAGCGAACUCUUUUGUUCUAGCGACGGAAGGAGAAAUAUGGUUGGAUGCAGAGAAAAAAGAGAUCAUACGUGUUCCGAGUCCACACUCCACACAGGACCCGCGAACUCCAGAACAGGUCGAUAACUUGUCUUUAUGCGCUCGCCGCUCGGCCGUCGAUGAGUCACCGUUCAUAGACACACAUACUAGGAAAACUCAUAGGCGUCGCACCGGGGAGGUUAUGGGUUUAUUUCGUAACACUGCCCCCUCCUUAGUUCUGAUCGUCCUGAUCAGAAACGUCAACGGCGCUGCUGUUGUAUUUCAUGAGGCGUAUGGGGACCUUCCCAGUCUGAUGACAACUUCGGACAACGACCAUUCCGUCUUCGGGGGUUAUAAAGCCAUACCAAAUCUCCCGCCUGGAACCCUACUGAGUUGUUCCGAAGGUCGUAACGUGUCUUCAUUCUACCAGUCGUCACUCUAUCCUGGUAGUGCAGCAUUUCGUAAACGCUCGGCAGCUUCUCCUAUCGGUCGCAUAAAAGAAAUAGUAAGUCGUUUUACAAUGAAUAUCAUCGGUUCUUGUGCUUUCGGAUUGGACUGUAACACUUUUAUAGAAGAAAGCUCACCUUUCAGAAAAUACGGCCAAAAGUUCUUUGCUUUAGAUAAGUAUAGAAUGAUGAUAAGAUUAUUUAUGUUAGUUUUUCCUAACGCGUGUAAUAAAAUGGGAGUUAUGAUCAGACCUCCUGAUGUUUCAGAUUUUUUCCUCAAAGUUGUUAAAGGCACAGUUGACUAUAGAGAGAAGAAUAACUGCAGCCGCAAAGACUUCAUGCAGUUGUUAAUGGACAUUAAAAAUGACAAGCUCAGAGACAACAGUUCUUUAACACUUGAAGAAAUCGCAGCUCAAUGUUUCGUGUUCUUUAUUGCUGGAUUUGAAACUUCCGCGUCAACUAUGACUUUUGCCUUGUAUGAGCUGUCGCGAAACCAGAAAAUGCAAGACAAAGUUCGACGGGAGAUAAAUACAGUUUUGGCAAAGUACGAAGACAGAAUUACUUAUGAAGCCAUCCAAGAGAUGGUAUACAUGGAAAUGGUGGUUAAUGAAACCUUAAGAAAAUAUCCACCAGCGCCCCAGAUCACGAGACAGUGUGUCAAAGAUUAUAAAAUUCCUAACGAAGACGUUACUAUUGAAAAGGGUACAAUGGUUUUCAUACCAAUCUUGGCGGUUCACCACGAUGAGGAAUAUUAUCCUGAACCGGAAAAAUUCGAUCCGGAGAGAUUUACUCAGGAAAAUAAGGGCAAGAGGCAUCCUUAUGCCCACAUUCCGUUUGGUGAAGGUCCUAGAAUUUGUAUAGGUGCCCGAUUUGGUAUUAUGCAGUUCAAAGUGGGUUUGACCAGUUUACUCAAAAAUUAUAAGUUUACUGUUAACAAGACAACUAUCGAACCUCUUAAAAUAAGCGCACAGGCUUCUGUUUUGGAUGCGGAUGGAGAGAUAUGGUUAAAUGUUAAGAAAAUAUGA